GCGUCGCAGAUCUACCUAGCGGUCCUGAACGAGUACACCAACUGGAGCCACACUCCCCAGGACGACGAACGAGCCAUCAGGGAUCAGACGCUGCAGAUCCUGAGUGAUGCACAGAUCACCGCCCCGGUUCUUCAUAUGGCAGAUCUCCACUCCAAUAUCAACCAGAAGAGUUUCUUCUAUGUCUUCAACCACCAGAGUGUCUACGGAGACUACCCUGUGUCACAGGGAACGGUGCACGGGGAGGAGCUGGCCUACGUCUUCGGCGCUCCCCUGGUUGGAGGCUUCAACCACUUCGGUCUGAACUACACCCUGGACGAGGUCUUCCUCUCCGAGCUCGUCAUGACUCAGUGGACCAACUUUGCCAGGACCGGGAACCCCAACCUGCCGACCCCACAGCGGUACAAGAACCCAGGUGCUGACCUCAACUGGGAGGAGAACAUGAAGACUCUGUGGCCGCCAUAUGAGAAGCAGCUCCAACAGUACCUACACAUAGACAUGCAGGUGGUGACCAAGAACCACUACAGGGCCCAUCCACUCGCCCUCUGGAACCAUCUCAUCCCCAACCUCAUCAGGUCGACUCGCAUCCCCACGGACCCGAGCAACAGGCCCCCGUACACAGGCCCCACAGACAUCGUCCUCGUCCCCACGAGAUCACCUAGACUGAUGACCUCCACACAACAGCCGACCCCAGACCCUGACAAGGAUAAAAAGAGCAAAUUCCCGACAGAGUAUUAUCCUGGGACAUACCCAGAUUACCCAGACUUGCCGCCCACAGUCUUGCCCAUGUACCCGGCACCACCACCUCCACCGCCGCCACCACCAGCUGCUGCAGGAACGCCUAUCAGCAUCGUCAUUUUGGUGGGAAUUGCCAUUCUUUUCAUCAACUGCUGUGCCAUGGGAGGUGUGUAUUACCAGAGGGACAAGAUCAGACACCAGUCAAGGCUACUGAGGAAAACUCUUCGGCCGCGUAAAGCUGAGGAUUCCGACGAGAAAGUCUCUGACGUCACCGCUUCAAACACUGCAAAGGACAAGUCGCAUAAGAAGAAAGGUAGCAGAAGUGACUACGAAGUGAGUGAUGAGAUACAUUCGGACACUGUGUCUCAUGCAUCAGCAGUGUCCAGAGAAUCGAGCAUGAAGAGGAAACAUUCACAGGCUGCACACGAUACAUCCUCUAAGCAAGUGACUCCCAAGGGCUCUCUUAAGGGUGCGAAAAGUCCUAAGAGUGGACACAGGAGACACAAGAGUGAGAACUCCAUCUACAGCGAGAUCGCUAAGACAGCUGAAGUUGUCAUACACGCUGACGCGAGAGGACCCUCGCGUUCCUCAUCCCGCAAGAACCCAACCGUUACUUUUAACACUCUGGGCACCAGGAUGCCCCCCAAGGCCCUCACCAAGAGCACCACCUCCAUUACAUCUAAGGCAUCCAUCAAGAGCAACACCUCCCAUGCAUCUGUCAAGAGCACUACAUCACAUUCCUCCAUCAAAAGCACUUCAUCAGAAAAACGUCUUAAAAAGAAUGCGAGUUGCCAGAGUUUACCAACAGCUGAGUACACUUGGGGCAUAACUCGGGAGAUGACGAUGACUGAGAGAGAUGAUCCUGAGGGCCGGGAUGACCAACAUGGCCCUGCUGAUAGACAGCAGGCACUCGUAGCAACGCAAAAACUCAAUUACCCAAAAGUGAGGCCAGACCGACCUGAAGGUAUCCACGCUGCAACCUUACCAAAGAUGAGACCUCCUCCCCCUCCCCGGUCGACCUCCCUCACUGCUCGAGAUAUACAAGAACUGGAGAACAGAAUACACGUUGUUUACCGGAAAAAGAGAAAUCCACGUAGAGAUGUUUCUACGGACUCGUGUGAUCUUAGUGCGAUAGAUAACAUUUACUUAAUGGGUACAGAUGCACCGCCGCCAGGUUCCAUGUACGGGGCGCCCGCUGCCACAGCUACAGUAAGUAGAUCACGCCCUCGUAAGAGUGACGGAACUCCAGAUUAUGGACAUACCAGCGCCUCAGUAGACUAUGUCCGUUCAGGGCCAUCAGGUGAAUAUGGACGGCCAACUAUUGGCAUGGAUUAUGGAAAGCCUGUGGCUGUAGCGGACUACGGCCGUCCAGGGGGCGGACACAUGUAUGGUGGAUACCCAACUUAUGAGCAAACAUACACCUACAAAGAUAAUAAUAUCCUCUCUUCCCAAAAACCAACUUCACCACAGCCUGGAGAGCAAAAGACAUUCGGGCCGUACGGAGUGCCUCGCGUGCAAAUGGCCACCUUCGGCAAGACUAAUAGCCAUUCUCCAGGAGAUGGUGCGACUGAACCAGAGAAAACACAGGCACGCCCGACUUACGACGGCAGUACUUCUUAUACAUCAACGCCUAGUGCUGCAGCAGCAGUCACGGCAGCAGCACAUACUGCAUUGGCUGCUGCUACAGCACCAGCAUUUGUUGGUGCAUCCAGCACCACCAGAAGUGCUCCCCGAGGUACUGUCUGUCCUGCACCACCACCCGCUGCUACACGCACCAUGGCCCUACGCCAACAGUCCUCCACUACCUCGGGCUCCGACACAGGGACAGUUUAUGAGCAGAGUGAAAACACUGGAACAAUAAAACGUAGAAAAUCAAUAAAAAAAGAUAAUGUGACUCAGCCCGUGGUCACCCCUGAACCUGAAAAAACUUACGAUAAGCCACUGAAAGGUGUGUUAAAACAAACUUCUGCUUAUGACAAACCCAAACCACUAAUGGCAAAAGCCCCUGGUGCGUCCCCCAGCCCGUCAGCGUCGAGCCUGAGCAGCAGUGGCACCAGCAUUGAGGUCUGCAGCGUAGUCUGCGAACCAGCAGCCCAAGACCCCCUUCACAAGACCCCCUCCAUGAGGAAAGGCCUUCGGGUGGCCACCCCAGGCAUUAGACGAAAGAAUAAAAACGAUAACCAGACCACCACAACACUAAUGCAGACAGACUCCCCGAAGUGAGUCGUUAGUGUACAUUGUUAAGAACUAUCCUUGUUGAUUCCGUGUUCCUCGGGAAUUAUAUCUGUGGAGUCAAGUGUUGGUCGUAUCCAUCACAAUGAAGACUCGUCAGCUGGAUUUCCUUGCAAACGCUUGAAAGAUUAAAUAAAAAAAAAGACUCAGGAUUUUGGUACAUUUAAGGUUUUCAUAUCCGUUGUAACAUGUGAAAGGAGGCACUGAUGGUCUCGUAUUAUGAUUGUUGUUAGUCCAUCCAGAUGUCUUUUAUUCCUAAACACCAGCAGUCCAAUUUCCCUUGUUUUGGAGGCACGGCGGUCCCUGCAACACACACCACCACCAUAGCAGGGAUUAGCGGGCCAGGCAACACACUUGGACGGCUUGGCUGUCCCUGCAACACAGUGUGCAUCAGCAGAGAGAGACAGUUAAAGCAAUACAUUAGAUAGCUUGGCUGUCCCUGCAACACAGUGUGCCUCCACCCUAUGUGUUGUAACGGGUCACGAAUGGUUCCUAGAUGGUGUCUAUUUUUUACUCUUUAAAAGAUUUUGUAUUCAUAUAUGCCUAUGAGGUGUUUGUAUGUUAUAAUCCUUCAGUCUAAGGAUGAUGUCAUACUCCAUAAUGUUGAACAGCAAAAAUAUACAAUCCCUGUGUUCAUUUUGGGGCAGUUCAUUUUAUUUCCGGAAGGAUUUUCCCCUCCAUGUGUUAAUUAUAAAACAGUAAUGUCAAUGACAUAUAUUAUAGCCCUGCAAAAACUAUUUCAAACACAGUCAUUGUAAUUGUUUAAGAAUGAGAUCAUACCUAUAUGCAUUAAAAUAAAUAAAUCUUACAAAAAUACUUUUUUUUAUUAGAACAAAUCAUUAAUCUUUGAUUUAAAUAUUGUUUUACGAUUACAGUUUUAAUCAAUUCAUUGAAAGGUAGUUGUUGAUCUGGCAAACGACCCGUCCUCAGACCAAGUCCAUUCCAUCCAGCGGUCGACCCCAAAGACGCAUUCAUCAAUUUUAACAUUCUGCUCAUUCAAAACAG